AUGGACUCUUCUGAAAUUGAUCCAUGCGCUGCUUUUAACGAUGGUAUUGCGAAUGUAUUCAAUCCGAUAACAAUUUGUCAUAGCAAAGAAAAUACAUUUUUCUAUACGUACAUAUUUUGCAUAUUUAUUUCUUGCCAUUAUUUGAUGGCAACAAAAUCAACAACUUCAUCGCGAAAAUCAUCGAGUAAACGACUUGGGAAUUUUACAAUCAUAUGUCCUGAUUUAACUGAAGAGAAAAACGAAGCGAGUACUUACGCUUUGGAAGUACCUUCGUCGUCGACUACCUUGAAUUAUCAUGAAAGAAUCCUUGAAGUUAAUACUCAACAAUUCGAUACACUUCGUACAUUAGGACGUGGUUGUUUUGGAUAUGUACUCGCUGUACGAAUUGAAGGCUAUUCCGAUGUCCAAAUGGCAGUCAAAAGAAUUGCACUGGAGACUCAACUUGAUCGUCAAACAUCCACUUAUACAGAUUUAACAACUAUUCAGAAUGUUGGUUCAAAAAACUAUCCGUAUAUUAUUUCCUAUUAUGGAGCUGUGAUUGAUAAGGAAGCAGGUGAACUAUUAAUCUGUGUGGAAUUGAUGGACGCUUCGAUGGAACGAUUUUAUCAAACGAUGCAUGCACUUAGUAAUAUUACCUAUAAAGAUCUCGAUCAUGUUCUAUGUCGGUUAACUCAUAAUAUAACAUCGGCGCUGCAUUUCCUUAAAACAUGUCGGAUUUUACAUCGUGACGUAAAACCUCAAAAUAUGCUUGUUAAUAAACACUCUAUCUUUAAACUAUGCGAUUUCGGCAUUAGUCGUCAAAUGCGCAUUUCACAAUCCAUAGGCGUUGGAGCUGUCCAAGGCACUGAAGCCUAUCUACCACCGGAAUUGAUCGGUGGUGAUUCGAGUCAAACAUAUGGUAUCCGUGCUGACAUGUGGGCAUUGGGAUUAAGUUUAUUCGAAAUUGUUGUUGGAAAGAAUCCAUUCGCACAAAUGGGCUCGUUUCAAACGAUAACCACCAUUCGUUCAUGGAGUCCAACUAUACCAACGAGCCCGAAAAUUUCUGAUGAUAUGAAACAAUUAAUUUUACAUUUAUUGAAACGAAAUCUUGAAGAACGGCCAAGAACAUACCUUGAAAUACUCGAUGUACCCUCUAUAAAAGAUGUCAGUGAAAAUCCGUCGGAUGAAGAAAAAGCAUUUGUAACCUAUGUAUUGGAUAAUAUACCUCCAGUAAAUGAAUAA